GCUUCUUCAUCUGUGCAAAGAUGACUGCCCUUCACGACGUAGCGACAGAUAAAUUUCCUUGGCUACAAAUGUCGUUUUGAAGCCAGUGUCUUGCAUAUUUUGAAAACGGCAGCGAGAUACCAAACAGCUGAAUUUUAUAUGUAAAAUAACGUUCUGCUUGUUAGAGCUUUGAAUACUUUUACAUUUUACAUAUUAGUGGCAGCUCUACAGCUGCCCACUGUCGUCGACAAAAUUUGAAGCAUUUGUAAUUUGGAGACAGCGACAACUACAAGCCUGUUGCUGUGAAGUCGUGCUGUUGUCUAUAAAACUGUGCUCAUAAGAAUGCGUGUAUUUUAAUAUAUGAUAAAUCAUUGUAUAGAUACAUACAUACAUACAUAGAUUGUAUCUAUACAAUCUGAUAAAUGCUGUCGGUCGUCUGUCCAUGGAUAUCUUUGGCGUCUGUCGUCGUCUAUGUGUUCAAAGCAGAGAUCCCUGGUUCAAAGCAUUAAUCUAAAUAAACAAAUUCAAUAUGAAUAAUGCGGAAUAUGUAACAGAUUUUUUGAGGACAGUUGAAAAAAUUGCGCGCAUUACAAAUAUUGCUAAUGAAUUAUACAAGAAGCUCCAUGCAAGCAAACGAAGGUGGGUUUGUCCGGUCAACCUCACACGCCAAGAAGAAAGCUUUUUUAAAACUUGUAUUAAGCAACUCAAAGAAAAGGAUGAGGAACAUUUUUUUAAAGUAACUCGGAUGAACGUUUCCAGUUUUAAUAUACUGUUGUCGUUAUUAAAACAACGAAUGGAACGAUUUUCGAAUAGAAAGGCAAUUGAUCCUGAAACGCGUUUGGCGGUAACCUUACUCUUCUUGGCACAAGGAUGUAAUUUCCAUGUGAUUUCUUGGGCAUAUAAAAUUGCAAUCUCAACAGUUCGGAAAAUCAUAUACGAAACGUGUGACGCUAUUUGGAAUGAAUUGCAUGUUGUAUAUAUUUCACCUCCAAACUUAUCCGAACUGAAGGGCAUAGCAAACAGUUUUUAUGUAAAGACUGGCUUGCCGAAUUGCUUGGGUGCUAUAGAUGGGAAGCACAUUCGUAUAACAAGCCCAAGGAACAGCGGAUGUUUGUAUAACAAUUACAAUAAAACGUUUAGUGUAGUAUUAAUGGCAGCGUGUGAUUCUAAUUAUGUGUUCACACAUGUAGACGUCGCGACACUAGAAAGCCAAAGUGACGGUGGAAUUUUUGCCCGCAGUGCUUUUGGAAGCAAAUUGUUGGGUGGCACUCUACAAGUUCCUUGUGACACAAACUUGCCAGGUACAUCUACCAGCUUUCCGUAUUAUUACGUCGGCGACAGUUCGUUUCCACUGAAACCAAAUUUAAUGCGACCAUUUCCUGGUCGCCAUUUAGCGGAAGAUAAAAACAAAUUUAACUUAGCAUUGUCCAAAGCCCGAGUACACAUAGAAAACGCAUUCGGAAUUUUGGCCAAUCGAUGGAGAGUACUGGCUACAACAAUACAUGCUUUCCCAAAGAAUGUAGACAAAAUUGUUUUAGCUACAGUAGUACUUCAUAACUUUUUAAUGUUACAAAAUGACAGCAAUUACUUCCCCCUUGAACAUGUUGACCACUCAGUGGGUAACAAAGAAAUAAACGGCCGAUGGAGGAAAGAAGUAAAUUCCCUUGAAUCGUUUCACCCAAGAACUGCUAAUCGCUCCUCCUCAAAAGCUUUUCAGUUACGUGAAAAACUAAAAGAAUUUAUUUCAAGUACUGCUUUGUAAUGUUACUUAUAUUAUACAUAUUUAUAUUUAAAACAAAAAUUUUUCUUCAUUACAAAAAAGAUUUUAAUUCAAAGGUAUUAACUGAAUAAAAUUUAUUUAUUUCGUCAAACAUCAAAGUCAAUAUUUUGGUCUCUCUUUGAUUCACAAUAUUUGGCGGAAGACCCUCUUCUGUAAUCUUCGUUACUAAAGAGGAAAGGAGCAGUACGGCGGAGUCCUGUUUUUGGGUUUGACCCACAAACGCGGCACAACUUUCUGAAAUCUAAAUCCAUACCGUACAUAGGUUAAGAAGUAAUGAGAAAAAUUGUCAAAAGAAAAGAAUUUUUACUUGUCAUCGACGUGCAUCAGAAGAUAUAUUUUGGGAAUUUCCGCUUGAAGAUAUAAACAAAUUAACUGAUCCAUAUCUUAUAUUUGCAAUACUUCACUUUCUUCUACAUAUUCCAUUAUCAAACUGCCAAUAGUUCUGUAAAAUAUAUUAUUAGCAUAUAUGUAUGUAUGUAUAAUCCUGGAAUUCGUUACAUUCAGGGUUGUUGUGGAAUCUUACAGUUGUCGGAAUCAGAAUUCAAACCGACAAAAAAUUCUGAUUCGUAUCAUGAAUUCUGAUAUUAUUGGUUAGAAUUCUUUCACACGGGUCAACUCCUGUUGCGGCAAUUCUUAGUUUAUUGGAGAGGGGGUGACGCAGAGAGGAGAAUCGCGCCGAGUCUGCUGUGUUCGGCAACACUCUUUGUGUUCUUAUCAGUGAUCUGCAGUGAAUGAGUUAAACGCAAGUUUGAGCCACUUGCGAAAAAUUGAAUAUGAAGCAAGCAAAUUAUUCACGGAAUGAGUAUAAGUGUGAAUACUGCUCACUUACAAUUAUGAGAGAGAGAGUUUUCGCUUGUGAGCUGCUUAGCUUGUAUGAAGCAUAUAUUCACAAGUGUUUGCUUAUGAGCUCACAACACUUAUGAAUCUUUGCUUAGGAUUCUCUGACAAUUAUGAAUACAAAACACUUGUGAAUAUACGAAGAAACUCAAUUGUGCGCAAGCCACUUGAGCCUUUAGAGCCGUAACGCUAUGAACCAAAUACUAAAAAAUCCAUUACGAAAGUAGUAAGAGUUACUAUUAUAUUAUUGUAUAAUAACAAGGAUUUUGUAACCUGUUCUAAUAAUGACUAGAUAUAAUGAAAUAAAAAUUCAUAUUUUGUAUUAAUUCUCUAUUAUUAUAAAAUCACAUAUACAUUUACAUUCAUGUUAUCACGUAUAAUACUAUAUUUUAUUUUAUAGAUGAUAAUUCAGUCGCUUUCAAUGGAAUUAAGUCGAUUUCUUUUAUCAGUUUUUAAAUUGCUUGCCAAUGAAAAUACACGUUCAGACGCCGCACUACUUGCAGGUAUACUUAAUAUUUUAAGUGCAAGUUUUAAAAAGCGUGAAAAGUUAGUUUUAUGUUGCUUCCACCAUAUAAUUGCGUCAAAGUCAUUAUCAAAUUGUACUCUUUCUGUGUAAUAUCGAUCUAACUCUUCUUCGAUACGUUCCCUCGUUUGAAAUUUUUGGAAAAAAGAAGUUCAGGUCAUUUGCAGGUAAAGACGUAUUUGAUGUUGAAGUAAUUGGUGAAGAUGGAAUUUGUGGGGUCUCAUUGUGUUCGAAAGGGUAAAACUCAAUAUUGCCUGAUAUCUGCUCAAUGCAGAAAUGCUUCACAGCUUCAAUAUCGACAUCUCUCAUAGCUUUUGCUGGAGGAUAUAAAAAUAGUGCUACUUUGUGGUAACUGCUUAAAUUAGCAAGCCAUAUACUGUCGAUAUAUGUUGAUAUGUUACGUUUAAAGCUGACUAUUUCUGGAACGUCUGUAUGAACUGCUUCGCAUAUCGUUUUUAAUCGAAAAAUUGAAGGAAUUACAAAACAUAUUGACACAGAAUUACACCCCUGUAAUUUGUUAGAAAUUGUAUCUAAGUAUUGGCAAAUAUUUAAGAAAUAAUUGAAUAAAAGUAUAAGAAACAAAGAAGUUUCAGUUUUGUAUUUUUUACUAAGCCAUUGUAUUUUUACGGACUUCGUUCCUUUUAAAACCCCUCCCCGUAGGUAUAAACUUCAGGGACUCAUCUACCUAAGUUCUCCACUUUCUAGAAUGUAAGAUAAAGCUUGCAUCUAGGUUUAAAAAAUAAUUGAAUAAAAGGAUAAGAAACAAAGAAGUUUCAGUUUUGUAGUCACUACAAUCGUGCGUUUCGUUCCUUUUAAAACGCCUCCGCGUAGGUAUAAAAUAUAUUUUGAAUAGGCACGGAAUUUGUGAAUGUAUUCAUGAAUAAACAAUGAGCCACUUAUUAGUGAAUGUAUUCAUGAGCCUUACAACUCAUCUAAUGGUAAGCAACGAAUAGCUCAAACAAUUGUAUACAGAGAAGCAAGCCAAGCCAAGUGUGAGCAAUAAGUGAUUGUGAGACAUAUUCACACUCAUUAUUACACAAGCAAGCCAUGUGAAUGCGAGAAGAUAAUAUUUUUAGUGAGAGCAAGUAUGAGUGAAUAUUGGGGGUGAUUCAUGAAUUUAAGAGUAUAAUCAUAAGCCAAGUAUUCACUGCAGAUCAAAGAUAACAUGAUACGAAACUCUUUUAUUCGUGAGAGAGCUGUCAAAGUCCGCAUUUUUUAUAACAUUUGGCAGUGGUGCCACUGCGGGAAAACAUAAGUUAGGAGAUUUUUAUUCGAUUUUUUGGGUAUUUAUUGGUUUGCAGUUUACGCUUAAUAGAGACUUCUUAACCAAUAUUACACCAACACAUACACUUAUAAAUAUAUAUUUUAAGAUGAACAAUAAACAUCUACACAUAAAAAUAAUAAAAUAUUAUAAUAAUUAAAAAUCGUACAUAUUAUAAGUCAACAUAAACAAAAAUUUAGCUUAGUUUAAUUGAGUAACAUAUAUUUAUUUAUAUUUUAUAUACAAAUAAACACCUUAAUAUAUUCUAUAAAAGUUUAAGAGAAAAUUUGUACCCAGAUAUGUAUUUACGUAAAUGGCAUUUAACACUGUUAAAGAAUGUACAUAUAUUACUUUCGUACAAAUAGCCACCGUUUCCUAAAUAGUGUACACAUAUUAACUCCAUUUAAAUAAAAGUUAAUAGUAAUUCAAAAAUAACAAAAAACUUAUCGUACAAAAACGUCAUUUAUUUCUGCGGGAUUCUUAGUGGUAGCUCGUGAUUUUGACUGUCAGCUGUCCAGUAGCCCAUGAUCUGGCUUUGUUGCCAACAUCAAAAAUGAGUUCAUGGGCUCUCUCAACAAGCAAAAGAGAAGAGUUUCGUAUCAUAUUAUCCAUGCUGCAGAUCACUGGUUCUUAUUCGUAACAGCGUUGCAUUUGCGCACAUUUUAAAAUUAAUGUAUAUAAUAUAUUUGAAAUUUUGAUACACAUACAGGCACACUUGUGGCUAAGGUAUACAUUUUUUUUCAAUAUUUCUUUAUUUAUUGAAUCUGCUUUGUUUAAAGCCUAACAAUAAGUAUUAAAAUCUUAAAUCUAUUUACAACUAAGUAAGCUCAAGAAUGUGUUUGAGCUUUUUGGUAGAACGUUGCUCUUUAGUAGGCAGGUAGAUCUCUUCUUUUGAAACGAGUUUGAUUGGAAUGUACCAAGGCAUUUCCCAAUGGGUUUGGAUGUUCACGAAGUUUAGAAAUAUAUUUCUUUCUGCUGUCCUCUAUUUCCUUCUUUACCAUAGGAAUAUCAAGAUCCUUAUGGAUAUUUUCAUUACGCAUGUACCAUGGUGAACCCGUUAUUGUUCUAAGCAUUUUAGAUUGGAAUCUCUAAAUUAUAUCAAUGUUGGUUGCACAGGUCGUACCCCACAGUUGAAUACCAUACAUCCAAAUCGGUUUUAUGAUUGCAUUGUAUAACAGGACUUUGUUGUCUAGGCUAAGUUUAGAAUUUUUGUUUAGAAGCCAAUUUAAAUUUGCUGCUCUUAACUUCAUGCAAGUUACUUUACUCGCUAUAUGUUUCCGCCACGUAAGCCUUCGAUCCCAAGAUAAAGUUAAUUCAUUCGCUUAGGGUACUAAUACAUUGUUUAUUAUAACUGUCCGACAUGUUUCUGGUCUUAGAGAAAAUGUAACAUGCUUGCAUUUUUGCUCAUUAAUUUUUAUACGCCAGCUGGCUAGCCAUUCUUCGACACUAGUUAAGUGCUCCUCUAAUACUCUUGAUGCUCUAAUGGGGCAUUUGUUUCGGCUUACUAUGGCUGUGUCAUCUGCAAAAGUGGAUGUCAAUACGUUAUUAGCUAUUGGAAUGUCUGCUUAUAUAUUAUGUACAGAGUAGGGCCUAAUGCACUGCCCUGAGGUACACCGGCCCUUAUUGCUCGUUCUUCUGAUAUAAAAUCUGCUACUUUAACUGUAAAUUUCCUAUUUCUUAAAUAUGACUCCAAUGUUUUAUGCAAUUCGUAAGGAAAACGUUUUUGAUUUUCCAUAAAAGGCCUUCAUGCCAGACCUUAUCGAACGCCUGAGCUACAUCGAGAAAAAUAGCUGAACAGUACUCUCUGUGCUCGAAUGCUUUCCUGAUUUCGUUUGUAAUUCUAUUCACUUGCUCUACUGUGCCAUGUUUAGCACGAAACCCGAAUUGAUGGGUUGGUAUUAUAUUAUUUUCGUGGAGGAAAGGAGAAAUUUUUGAUAGUAAAACUUUUUCGAAUAUUUUGGAAAGACAUGGUAAGAGACUUAUUGGUCUGUAGGAAGAUGGUUGUAUUAAGUCUUUUCCAGGUUUAUCUAUUAUGAUGAUCUGCGACUUUUUCCACGAAAUUGGUUAGUACCCGAAACCAAGAAUUGCAUUAAAGAGCAAAGAGAGCACUGAUAUAGCAAUAUUUGGCAACUCAAUUAACAUUUUUGGAGUAAUAUUAUCGUGUCCUGAAAACUUAUUAAGGUAUACAUUAACUAAGUAAGUUUUUCAAUGUAGUGAAAAAAUUAUUUUGCAUAAAGAUGAAAACGUUAUAGCCGGUAAAUUUGGAAAUGAUUGAUGCAAAUCAACAUAGUUUGUUAAACUUUGUAUUUAUUAAUCUUAUAUUGAAGUGUGCAACAAAUGAGUAAAUACAAAAUUGGCUCAAUCUUGGCUUCGAUGACGAUAUUGAAUAGCUUCUUCACAGCCAGUGUUGUUCCAUUACAAAGUCGAGGCUGAUUUAUGUUAUACAGCAUAUUAGUUGCCAACUAAUACAUCUUUUAAAUGAAAAUUAAGUGGUGAUAGUCCAGGCAAUUCCAAUGAUUAUAAAAAUUCUUUCGGAUAGUUGACUACGUCAUCCUGAUUUGUAGCUGUGUCAGCUCUCCUGGAACGAAAUACUAAAUUGUCGCAUUGACAUCGACGACACCUUUGUUUUUUUGCCACCAAUAUUGGUCGUUCACUCAGCCAAUUAUGGGUAUUAUAUUGUUGUUUUAUAUCCAGUAAAACACGAUGUAUAAGCUCCUCUUUCGAGUUUGUGAAGUGACAGAAAUCUGUUGGAAAUGUGAUUAAUCCGUCGAGGUGUCAACUGUGACCUUACCAUUUCCAAUAUCUAACAACCGAAUGUACAGUUUGUGUGCCUAUAACAGGUGUCAAGUUGCCCUUAUUUUUGUUAUACUUUGAUGGUGAAAAUGAGUGAAAUCGGUUCACGAAUUACCUCAGCCUGCAUAUACUAUAUAUGAGCAUUUUCGUUAUUCUAUUGGUCUUUAUGAAUAUAUGGGUCAGUAUUGUGAGUUAUCUUAAUAAAAUUACAUCAAUAAAUUGCGAGAGUAUAAAAUGAUCGGUUACACCUGAACUUUCCUUACUUGUGAAAAAUCCACCGACACAACCUUAUACAAUUGGACAAUAACAAAAAUAUUUUAACAAAGCAACAAUGACAACCUUCAAAAUAUUAUUAUUUUUUGUUUUAUUUUUGUUGUAAACUCAAAUAAAAUUCAGUUAUUAUUAUCUUCCUCCCUAUUUUACUAUAUUUACUUACUUUCUAAACCUUUCUUGGCCAUGUUCGAAUAUUCCAAGACUAAAUUAGUCAGAUCGGUGCGGCCGUUCACGACUUUUGCGAGACUUACGAACAGAAAUUCAUUUGUAUAUUUGUAGAAUACAAAUUGUUUGUAUGGGAGAUUAGAAAAGUGUGGAUUUUAGACUUUUUCAGCCAACCUUUUUAAUUUUUCAUCGUAAGAACCACUCUUGUACUUCACGGUAUAUUCUAAGAAAAGAAUUAGAGAAAUCGAUUCAGCUUUGUUCGAGUUAUGCACUUAGCAACACAUUUAGCGAUUCAUUUCUAUAUUAUAGAUUUUUUGUAUGUAAUUGCAAAUACAUAUAGAAAAAUGCAUAAUAUAAUUAUAAUACUAUGUUAGAAAAUAGAGAAUAACGAUAAGAAUUAGUUAAUAAAAUAUAUUUUUGUUUAGAAACGAUGCGUACAAGAAGUUGAGAAAAUGAUUUGAAAAAUUCCUCGUGUGAACGCAAUGGGCGACAGCAAAAGAGAAUCGCCCGAGAAUUUGCAACAGGAAUUGACCCGUGUGAAAGAGUACUUUUAUGUUCGAAUUAGAAAUUUUAUUGGUUUUAGGUGUCAUUGAAACCAAUUUUAUCGGUUUAACUAUCAGAAACCAACCAACAGUUUCAGGGCUGACAGAUUUAACAUAUUUUGUUCAAAUUUAUUUUUACUUGCCGUUAAAACGCUUUGGAAAAUAUAUAAUUAUUAUUAAAAAAUAAGAUAAGAACGCUAAAUGACGUAAUUAUUGAAUUCAAUGGAAAAAAUCAAAAUAUUCUAAGAAGUUUACAGGGUAAGUAAUUCAGAUUAGAUCAUGGAGAUAUAUAACCUUUUACAUAAAAGUUAAACAACGUUUGCGAUACUUUCAUUGCCAAAUAAAAUAAAAGCGGAAAUAAUUUCUCAUUUUAAUUAUAUUUAUUGGGUUUAAUGAAUAUUUUGAACUAAUUAUGUGAUUACAAUUCCAAAGAAAUGUCUUGCUAAUUUUCCGCAUGAAUAAAUAGCAGAACAGCUGAUUCGAAUCAAGAAUGAUAGAAGACAAAAUUACGACAGGCUGAAGCGUUCACGACCCACCAAUGGGAAUAGGCAACAGAAGAAUUGUCAAAUGGAAAACGGAAAUGUGAAACAUAGUGAACCAAAUUGAAUAAUGUGCAGAUAAAAUAUCACAAUGAACGUAAUUCUUAAAAUCUUCAUUUAUAAAAUGAUCCAAUAUAAUAAUGCAUAUUUAUAAUUAAAAUUAUAUGUUUUGUUACAAAAAGUUCGCCAUUUUGUCAACUUUUUUGUUGGUUGGAAAAGUGAAAAAAAUUCUUUAUAGACGACUUUUUUGUACUACUGUUGUUUAAUUCCGCCAUUGCGGACUUCUUUUUCAAGUUAAUACAUUUUUCACUUAGAAUUUUAAAUAAUAAUUAAGCACUAGCCUUGACUUCAGCUCUUUGUUUUGGUUUUAUUGUUUUGUACCACAGUGCAAUUUUGUUUUGCUCGCGUGUUCGAGGUCGUGAAAGUUGUCACUCAACAGGAACUUAAAACCCAAAAAAGCUAACUGUAAACGCCUGUCGUAAUCUUGUCUUCUAUCAUUCUUGAUUCGAAUGUUGGUUUGCUUAUAUUCAAAAAAGACGAAAAUCCAAUCAGAUUCUGUGACACCAAUGAAAAUCAGAAUUGGUUUGCUAUUCUGACAUUCAGCAAAUCUGUCUUGGAUUCCACAACACCCCUGAUUAUCCAAAAAAAGAUAUUGGUUCCAAAUAUUUCCAUUUUUUCUUGGUGUUUUGGCCCUAUUUCUGGAAGUGAUUUGCUCCAUUCUCUUCCACCUUAUCUUGCACUCCAAUUCUAUUAAUAAAUUGGACGAUAGAAUAGAAGAUAAAAUUCCAUAAUUUGCUCCACCAAUUUCAUGUAAACUGCAAACUACUUCCAAGCGUAUUCCUUUUUUCUUAAACUGUUAAAUGCUACAUGUCCCAGAUCGUACAGAAGUGGCCAAUUACGCACUUC